AUGUCGCAUAAACGCAAGCGUGAUGAUUCAGAAUCAGAGUCUGACGCUGAAGCUGAAUUGAAGAUCGUUAUAGCAUUCGACUUCGCUGAAGGGAAAACCGAGGAGAAGUGUCCCACGUUCGUUAUUGUAAUGAUAUAUGCGAUGGACCCAGCUGACUCAGGUGGUAGAGAAAUUGCUUAUCAUGGGAGUGGCUUCACAUGGGGAUUUCAGAUUCACGAUGCCGUCCAGCGUCAUCAAUGGUUCAAACUCGACCUAGAUCCUUCGCAACUAGAAAAGAUCGGCCUUUCGCAGAAAUAUCCUGACCCAUUAGCGGCACCUCCAGGCUACAAUUAUAGCCCAGGAAAACUGACAACUGACUAUAUGACCGCUCUGAGAAAGCACGCAGAGCAUAUGCUGAAGCAUAAGCUGCCCGCUAGUGCAUUGAGCUCCACUCCAAUUGAAUGGAUAGUCACUGUUCCCGCAGUCUGGUCCGAUAAAGCGAGAGAAUUGACCCUCGCAUGCGCAAAAAAGGCUGGAAUGGCUCAGAACGAACUUUUUAUCAUCUCUGAACCCGAAGCUGCGGCAGUGUAUGCACUUCACAAGAUGAAGUCCUUGAAAAUUCAAAAGGGUGACACCUUCGUUCUCUGUGACGCUGGUGGUGGCACAGUUGAUUGCAUCACAUAUACAGUUGAAUCCCUAGCCCCAGUCCUUGAGAUUGUUGAAGCUACCCCAGGAACAGGCGCUUUGUGUGGAUCUUCCAUCUUGAAUCGCCGCUUCCAGCAAUUUCUCGAAGAGAAGCUAGGGAAAGAUCCUAAUUGGGAUGAUGAUGUGCUUCAACAGGGGACUGAAGUUCGCGAAAUCUUUGAGCCAGUCCUUGAUGAAACCGUCAAAUUAGUCACAAAUCAGAUUGAAAAGUCGAAAAAACCGAUAAAGGCAGUCAUUCUCGUUGGUGGUUUUGGACAGAACACCUACCUACGCGAAGAGAUUGCCAAGGAAAUCAAACACUCAUCUGUGUCUGCUGAAGUUAUCCAACCACCAGACGGAUGGACCGCUGUUGUUAAAGGAGCUCUCAUGAAAGGUCUUGCUGUAAAACUCCCCUCAUCAACAAAAGUCAAGGUCAGCGGCCGAUCAGCUCGUAAGCACUACGGCACAGACUGUGGGCAUUCAUUCAACGAGUUCGAGCAUCCCAUCUCACGUCGAUACUGGAGUUCCUAUCAUGGCAGCUGGCGUAUUUCGCUAGUGAACUGGUUCAUUAAAAAGGGGGAUACUGUCAAAGAAGACGAGCCCGUGCAGCUGCAUCGCUAUCGAAAAUCCAAGAUCGAGGAUGGACCCCUCCGACGUGUGACUAGUAAUAUACUAAUGUCGAGUGAUCAAAACAAUGCCGGUGUUCCCAAAUAUAAAGAUUGUGCGGAGGUUCAAAAACUAGUCAGCGUCAAUGCGGACCUCAGUCGCAUUUCACCGUCUCUAUUGCCUACCAAAAUGGGAGCCGACGGCGCAAUGUACUACAUUAUCAAAUACAAAAUCCAGGUCACCUAUCAUUCCGCUGAUACCGUUUAUGAACUGAUCCACAACGACAUCAACUACGGACGUGUGAAGGCUGAGUAUGUCUGA